UCCAUGGAAAAACCUUUCACCACAGAACCAGUCUCUGGUGCCCAAAAGGUUGGGGAGCUCUGCCUUAAUCCAGUGUUUCUCAACCUCAGCAACGUUUUAAAAUGUGUAGACUUCAACUCCCAGAAAGACCCAGCCAGCAAGCUUGGCCAACGCCUUAACCGCUCUUCCUAAAUUCCUGAGUCUGAACUGAGAAUGAGAAUUGGUGUUAUUUACUGACUUUCCAGUUACAUUUUAAAGUCACAGAAAUGUGGGAAAUUGAACACAUUUCUCUCUCCCCCACUUUUCUAUUACGGCCAAAAGUCGAGUGAGAAGGGCAGGAUAAUUUCACUUUUAAGACUCUUUCCCGAAGCAUCCGCUAUUUUAAUACGAGCGUUAACCAGCAUAUUAACAUGUCAACUUUUACCAUUUUUUUUAAAGAAAUGCUUCACAUUCGUUGAAUUUUCAAACGGCAAAGGAUUGUAUUUCUGCUGCCUCUGACAGCUUUGGGAGGCGUUAGGCUGUGGCGGAUAGAUUGAGAAGCUUCUGUUCUGAAUCGGCGGAGCGGAUACAGCAUCUUAAAAGGCAGAGAUGCCGCGCUGCGAGGAAAAAGUCGGCAAGCAGGAACACCACCGGCAUCUGUAUCCGAUCGAUUCAAUCGCUCUUAGGCGACGAGCGUGGCGUGUCGCUUCUUUACUCGUAAAGAUGGGGCGGAGCGAACAAGGGACUGCCUAAUUCUACCCGAGAGGGAAAGGUCGGCCCUGGUCUGGUGCAAAAGUUGAUUAUGGCUUUUUCCAGCCUUGUCUGGCAUUGUCUAUUUCAGUACAUUGGAACUGUACCCAGGUUGGCUACCAGAUGCCAGAGAAAAACUAGGAGCAUAUGGACUAGGAUUGCUGCUCUAUCCAGAAUCGAAAAAAAAGCCACAGAACCAGUGAAGACACUUCUGCUCUUACCUUCUCUCCAGUGGAGCAUCGGCAACAUAGCGAAGAGAAAUCUGCACACCAGCCAACUUCAUCUCCAGGAAGUAAUGCUCACCUGUGAACGGUAUGGGGUAGAGAGGCUGCCCUUUGCCCAUAUUUCUGAUUCUGAUUUAACUUUCUUUGAGCACCUUUUGCCUGGGAGGGUCAUUACUGAUGCAGAGGAACUCAAACCUUUCAAUGUGGACUGGCUAAAGUCUGUGAGAGGCUGCAGUACAGUACUGCUAAAGCCACGGACAACAAUGGAAGUCUCUCAAAUUCUCAAUAAAAUGUUCCUUUUCAGAUACUGCAAUGAGAAGAACUUGGCCGUGAAUCCUCAGGGAGGCAAUACCGGCCUUGUUGGUGGCAGUGUUCCUGUCUUUGAUGAGAUCAUUCUUUCCACAGGACUUAUGAACCAGAUCAUCAGUUUUGACCAUAUUUCUGGAAUCCUGAUUUGCCAGGCUGGCUGCAUUUUAGAGAACCUCAACCAAUAUUUGGAGUCAAAGAGUUUUGUCAUGCCUCUUGACCUUGGAGCCAAGGGCAGUUGCCAUAUCGGAGGAAAUGUAGCUACAAAUGCAGGGGGCUUGCGCCUCCUGAGGUAUGGGUCCCUUCGAGGGACAGUUCUUGGAUUAGAAGUGGUGCUGGCUGAUGGUUCCAUCCUGAACUGUUUGGCAUCGCUGCGGAAAGACAAUACUGGCUAUGACUUGAAGCAGCUUUUCAUUGGCUCAGAGGGGACUUUGGGGAUGGUCACUGCUGUGUCCAUUCUCUGUCCACGGAAACCAAAUGCUGUGAAUCUGGCAUUUCUUGCUUGCCCAAGUUUCUCUCAGGUCCUGAGAACCUUCACAAUCUGCAAGGAUAUGCUGGGAGAGAUUCUGUCUGCUUAUGAGUUCAUGGACAAUGGAUGCAUGAAGUUGGUAGAGAGACAUCUGAAACUGACCAACCCAGUAGCAGGUACCAACUGCUCCCAAAUGGAUUCCUAUACUUCAGGCUCCAAUUCUACUCAUGAUGAGGAAAAACUCAGCCAUUUCCUGGAACAUGUAAUGGGCUCAGAUUUGGUAGCAGAUGGAACUCUGGCCUCAGAAGGAAAAAAGAUAAAGGCAUUAUGGGCUUUACGGGAACGGAUCACAGAAGCCCUGACAUGUGAUGGAGUUGUUUAUAAAUAUGACAUUUCACUCCCUGUCGAAAAACUCUAUGAUCUUGUGACUGACAUGAAAGUACGUCUGGGUACAGCUGCUAAGAAUGUCGUUGGCUAUGGACAUCUAGGAGAUGGAAACUUGCACCUGAAUGUCACAGCAGAGUCCUAUAGUCAUUCUCUUCGGGAUGCCAUUGAGCCAUAUGUGUAUGAGUGGGUGUCACAAUAUUAUGGAAGCAUCAGUGCAGAACAUGGCCUAGGUUUCAAGAAGAAACAUUAUAUCCAUUACAGUAAGCCCAAAGAGGCAGUUCUUCUCAUGCAGCAAUUCAAGGUUAUGUUAGAUCCUAAAGGAAUUUUAAACCCUUAUAAAACAUUACCGUCAAAGGCUGUAUGAUGAUUCUUUUGAAAGAAUUGAUCUGUUGCUUGAAGUAUGGUGUAUCAGGUCUUUUUAUAAAUGAACUCUGAAGCCAGAGCCAAUUUUCUAUUUUUUUAAAAGAAGGAAUAAUAAAACAAUUGAACUGUA